GAAGAUGUUGUAAAGGAUGGAUUUCGACAAAGAUCCAACUUUGCAAGAAUGGACUCGAGAACAACCGUUAUCUGUUCUUGCUUUGGAUAGUGCAGAUAGAGCUGUUCUGCGAAUUGCAGAAACUGCUAUAGCGAGCAAUACCUGGAGUGACAUUUCGUGCAUCAACAUUUUUUAGAAGUAGAAUAUAUUGAAUGUUCCAAAUAUUAUUAUCGUAGAACUAAUAAUGCAUGCAAAAUCAAAUUUACAUAGUAAAUUCAGACUUUCAUAGCUACAACACACGUAGUACUACCACUAUAGUUAACCCCGCGCAUAAUUCGUC